UAUUAGCUGUCAAAAUCUUCUGAAACUGAUCAAAAUCUUCAGUACUAUUAAUAUUCUGUUAUAUUCUUGUUGUUGGAAGCUCGGUCGAGUUGAUAUCUGGUGGUGAAGAUUUUAUUGAUAAAGUUUUUAAAAAAAUGCUUGUUGCUUUAUUAUAUUACUUUUAGAAAGAGAGAAAUAAAUGAAAACUCGAGGAGGAGCAAAUGAUUGCCGCUAGCAAUCUCAUUCGUGCAUAAAUAGUAGACUGCGUGUGAGGAUCGAUUCUCUCUUUUCCCUAGCUGUUUUACUUCUCUUGAGCGUGACAGUACCUAGCAGAUUAGCUGGGUGUUCUUCAUAACAUUUGAGUCUGGUUCAUCCUGGUUAAUUUAGGCUUGAGACUUUGUUUAUUUUUCUGAUAUAUAUAUACAGACAAAACCUUGCUUGUUCGUUUUUUUAGACAAGAAUGAAUACGAUAGCUGGAGUUGGAUCAGAAUGGUGGCAUGGCACUUCAAGACUAAGAGGGAAAGUCUUCAUUUGUUUGGUUGUUGCAACUUCAAUGUUGAUGGUGGCUGUAGCUGAACCAAGUUUGAAACAAAAGGGUUCAUCAUAUAAUGAGACUCGAAAGGUUGAGUCUCCUCGCCAUGUGACAAAAGGCCACUCUGGUUACCAACAUGUUUGGCCUGAUAUGAGAUUUGGUUUGAGAAUUGUGGGGGGUACUAUAAUUGCAUUCUUCGGAGCAGCAUGUGGGAGCGUGGGAGGCGUUGGUGGAGGCGGCAUUUUUGUUCCCAUGCUUACACUGGUUAUUGGGUUUGAUUCUAAAUCAUCAACAGCAUUAUCAAAAUGUAUGAUCACAGGUGCAGCGGCGACAACUGUUUUUUAUAAUUUAAGACUAAGACACCCUACACUGGAACUGCCCAUUAUCGACUACGAUCUGGCGCUUCUAUUUCAGCCAAUGUUGAUUCUGGGAAUUAGUAUUGGAGUGACUCUGAAUGUUCUUUUUGCUGACUGGAUGAUCAUUAUUUUGCUAAUCAUUUUCUUCAUAGCAACAUCAACCAGGUCAUUCUUCAAAGGCGUUGAAACAUGGAAAAAAGAAACCAAAUCAAAACAGGAAGCUGCAAGAGCAAAGUUGGAAAUUCAUGACGACGAGAUUGAAGCAGCAGAGGAAAAGCCUCUUCCUGGAGGCACCACCAGUCAUGAUCAAAUAAAACCCGAGCCCAAUAAAGAGAAGGUCUCUAUAAUAGAGAAUAUUAAAUGGAAGGACCUUGGAAUUCUUGUCAUUGUGUGGCUGAUCAUUCUUGCAUUGCAGAUUGGGAAGAACUAUACAACAACCUGCUCAGCUAUAUAUUGGCUAUUGAACAUAUUACAGAUCCCGGUGGCAGCUGGUGUAACUUCAUACGAGGCGGUUAGCCUGUACAAAGGGCGGAGAAAAAUUACAUCCAUGGGAGAAGCAAGCAAUAACUGGCCAGUGCACGAACUUAUUUUAUAUUGUUUUAUAGGUGUUAUGGCUGGCACAGUUGGAGGCAUGCUUGGACUUGGUGGAGGAUUCAUUUUGGGUCCUCUUUUUUUGGAGAUGGGAAUCCCUCCACAGGUGUCAAGCGCCACAGCCACCUUCGCCAUGAUGUUUUCUGCUUCCAUGUCUGUCGUAGAAUUUUACCUUCUAAAACGUUUCCCCGUCCCUUACGCUCUCUACUUCUUCACCGUGGCCACAAUUGCCGCCGUGGUGGGGCAACAUGUGGUGAGAAAGCUGAUCAGUAUAUUAGGGAGAGCAUCUCUGAUCAUCUUCAUUCUGGCCUCAACAAUAUUUGUGAGUGCAAUAUUAGUAGGUGGUGCUGGCAUGGCAAGCAUGAUCGAAAAGUUUGAGAGGAAGGAGUACAUGGGAUUUGAAAGCAUGUGUUCAUAGGGAGAAGCCUCAUCAGGAUCAGUAAAAAAUUCUAUCAAUUGUUAUUUCCAAAUGGAUUGACUAGCUGUUAUUCUUCACGUCGAAAAUCAGGAUUAGAUUGUCGUUUUAUGUUA